AUGGUUUUAAAGAAGAAGAAGGAAAUUGAGGUAGAUGCAUUCUUUCUUGAUCAUCAGCAGCUUGAAAAACUUCAGAGGUUUUCAAAGCCUGAAGAGCAAAACCUGGCAUCUCUGCUUCUGCACUGUGCACAGCUGAGCAAUGGCAUCCAGCAGAUCCAGAGUAUUAAACAAAUUAUGCCAUUGGUAAGGAAGAUGGAUCAAAACUCUGCACGUGAUCCCAUGGUUAAAGCUUGUUUGGAUAUUUUGGGAGAGACAUAUUUUUCACUGGCUGCGAAGAAUCCCUUGAAAAAAGUAUUAGCAAGUUCACUAAAUAGUCUUCCUGAAGAAUUUAUGACAUUAGCUGUACAAAGCUUUGUAUGCUGCCUUAGGGAAGAACUGAAAACCACAGACAUAUAUUUGUACAGAAAAGUAUUGGACAACCUUGCUUCCUGUAUGGAGGACUUCAGCUUAGGUAGAGCAAGUAUUAAAAACCUGUUUGAAGAAGUUCUUCAGUUUCUGCAGAAGUCGUUACUUGGCAUACAGGAAGAAAACAGAAAGAAUCAUGGAAAUCGUAUUGUUCAGACUCAGUUGAUGCACGAUUUACUGAUAGGCAUUAAAGUUUCAAUGAUGCUUGUACAGAAAUUACAAGACAAUAUCCAGGGCAGUCUUUGGAAAUGCCAUGAGUCUUUUGUUUGGCAAAGUAUGUGUAGUUUACUGAAAAGCUCCACAAACUUCCUAAUGGAUGCAACUCUCCUGCAUACUGUUCAGACUACCUCAGGACUGGCUGUUAUUCUGUUUAUUAAAGCUAUGUAUGAGCCAGUUGAAGAAUUACCCUCCUUGGUCAGCGACUUGCUUCUCGGGUCAGUGAAACAUGCGGGUGUGCCAGCGUGGUUUGUGCGGAACUGUGGCCCUCUGUGUACGGAAGAACUCCCUGACUCAGUCCUCCUCUUUCUUUGCCAUGGAGCACUGGCUAUGCUGGAAUGGAAAAAUGGCAGCAUGGGUGAAAAUGGAGAGAAACUAUUACUAGAUAUCGCAUCAGUCUUGUUGUCUUUGAGUUCAGAGUUGAAAGAAUCCAGUAUGGCAACCUCUUUGUCUAGAAUCCUUGCUAUUUGGACUAAUUCAGCACUGGCUGCCCUCGUUUCAGGCUCCCCAAAUCUAAAAAUCAAACUUAAUGGGAACUCUGAUGUAACUGGGAAGCUGCUGGAAUACGUUUAUACGCACUGGGAACACCCUCUGGAUGCUGUCAGACAUCAAACCAAAUUGAUAUUCAAGAAUCUUCUUCAGAUACACCGAACCACCAUUACUGGAUCCACUGAAAAAUCAGACCCAUUCUUUGCAAGGCUGAUAAAGCAUUUACUAAACUUGGAAUGGCAUGUAAAAGGGAAAUAUGCUUCUCUUGGCUGUCUUGUGGAGUGUGUGGGCACUGAAAAUAUCCUACAGUUGGACAGAACAAUUCCAGUACAAAUCUUGGACGUGAUGAAUGAUCAGUCUCUUGCACCCUAUGCUAGUGAUCUUUUGGAAACCAUGUUUACAAAUCACAAAGCCCAUUUUACUUCGAGUUUUCCAGAAAGCACCUGGAUUGACCAGUGGCAUGACAUCUGGGUUUCUCCUCUUCUAGUAAUACUGUGUGAAGGGAACCAUGACCAAACUACUUACAUAAUAGAUUACUAUUUACCAAAAUUGCUCAAGUGUAGCCCUGACAGUCUGAGCUACAUGAUUAGAAUUCUUCAGGCUUCUACAGAUGCUAAUCUAGGCUCUCGCAGUACUAGAGGAGCUCUUGGAGCAUUAAUGGCAUGCCUAAGAACAGCCAGGGCUCAUGGACACCUGGAACUUUCAAAUAUCAUGAGCAAUGGUCUUCUAUCCACUGAAUGUAUAAAACAGGGUCUAGUUCAUCAGCACAAUCAGGUUUGCAUUGAUGCUUUAGGUUUACUUUGUGAAACCCAUCGUAGCACGGAAAUUGUGUCUAUGGAAGAAAUGCAACUAAUUCAGUUUUUUAUGAUGUACAACUUGAACAGCCAGUCUCCUUCAGUAAGGCAACAGAUAUGUUCUUUACUGAGAAAGUUAUUUUGUAGGAUACAAGAAAGUUCCCAGGUGCUUUAUAAAUUGGAGCAAAAUAAAAACAAGCAAGAGUUACUUGAAAACUCAACUAAAAGGCAUCCUUUGGGGAUUUUGCAGCAAUAUAAAGAUUUCAUGUCAUCUGUAUGUGACAGACUUUUUGAGGUACUGUUUCCCGGUUCAUCACACCCAACCAGAUUUUCUGCACUAACUAUUUUAGGAUCAGUAGCAGAAAUAUUUUCUGUUCCAAAAGGCCAGGCACAAGUUUUUCAGUUGGAUGAGGAGAUUGAUUCUACUCGUGUCCAAACUUUGAUCCAGUGUUUUGCCAGUACUUUUGAGGAAGUAAAAGUCCUGGCAUUUGGGCUUUUGAUGAAACUACGUGAUGUUGCAUUUAAUUUACAGGAUUCUGAAAAUUUAGAUCUCCUGUUCCAAGCAGCAAUGGAUCUUAGCACAAGUACCAAGCCAUAUGAUUGUGUCACUGCUUCAUAUUUGUUGAACUUCUUAGUACAUCAUAAAGGAUUACAGCAAAUUUGUUUAGGAAAAUGGGUUGAGCAUAACCCCCAGCUGGAUGAAAACACUUCAUUAAGUACAGUGGAGAAGAACACUUUAGCAGUUCUCAAGCUUUUGUUGGUGAAUGUUGAAGAGGAAAUAUUUCAAGCUAAGAAGUCUCUGCUUCAAGCAGCAGCAUCGUUCCCAAUGUAUGGGAGAGUGCAUUGUAUAACUGGGGCUUUGCAGCAAUUACCUUUUAAUAACUUGACAUUGGUAGCUGAAUGGAAGGAAAUGGUGGCCAGGCUGAUUCUGAUGUCAUACAAACUCUCUGCUGUGGUAUCACCAGUAGUGCAGAGCUCAUCACCAGAGGGUCUUAUUCCAAUGGACAGUGAUUCAGAAAGUGCAAGUCGUCUGCAGAUGAUUCUGCAUGAGAUACAACCACAGGACACGAAUGAUUAUUUUAUGCAAGCAAAAAUUUUGAAAGAACACUGCAAAGUGGAGUCUGAAAAGCUGGCUGACCACAGGCCAAUGGAAAAUAUUUGCACAGAAAUGAGAGGUAAAGAAAGACAAACAUGUGAUGUCACAGCCCAAAUGGUUCUUGUAUGUUGCUGGAGAAGCAUGAAGGAAGUAUCUCUGCUCUUAGGGACACUGUGUAAACUUUUGCCUUCUCAGGCUGCAUCUGAACCUUCAGAUGGGCUGAUUACUGUAGAACAG